CACUACGGGCAGGGCCACCUCCAGUCCCACCUGCACACUCGCCGCCGCUGCUCCCUCUUCGACGUCUCCCACAUGCUGCAGACCCGUGUGUACGGCCGGGACCGUGUCAGGUUCAUGGAGAGCCUGGUGGUGGGGGACAUCGCCGAGCUGAACUUAGGACAGGGCACCCUGACGCUGCUCACCAACGAGAGGGGCGGCAUCGUGGACGACCUCAUCGUCACCAACACGUCAGAAGAUCACCUCUACGUGGUGUCCAAUGCCAGCUGCGCCGACAAGGAUUUGGCCAUCAUGAGGGGCAGAGCAGCAGAGCUGCAGGCCAAAGGCGGUGACGUCCACCUGGAGGUGUCAGACAACGCGCUGCUGGCUCUGCAAGGUCCCUUCAUGGCACAGGUGCUGCAGGCAGGGCUGUCGGAUGACCUGUCCAAGCUCUCCUUCAUGAACAGCAUCAUCACGACGGUCUUCGGUGUGCCAGGUUGCCGGGUCACACGCUGUGGCUACACCGGCGAGGACGGCGUGGAGAUCUCGGUGCCUGCGGGGCAGGCAGUGGAGCUGGCAGAGAGGCUGCUGGGUGUCCCCGAGGUGUGGCCGGCGGCGGCCAGGGACAGCCUGCGCCUGGAAGCCGGGCUCUGCCUCUACGGCAUCGAUAUCGACGAGAACACCACGCCGGCCGAGGCCGGGCUGCUGUGGACCUUGGGGAAGCGCCGGCGUGUGGCCAUGGACUUUCCUGGAGCAGCCAUCAUCAUGGCACAAGCAAAGGAGAAGCCAAAGCGCAAGCGCGUGGGGCUGACAUCGGUGGGACCCCCUGUCCGUCCUCACACAGCCAUCCUGGACCCCGAGGGCACGCCAGUGGGUACGGUGACCAGUGGCUGCCCCUCGCCCUCCCUGGGCAAGAACAUCGCCAUGGGCUAUGUGGAGGCGGCGCACAGCCGGGCUGGCACCGCGCUCACCGUUGAGGUGCGGAAGAAGCAGCACCCGGCCCUCAUCACCAAGAUGCCCUUUGUGCCCACACAGUACUACAUGGCCAAGUGA